AUGGCCAAGGCCGACACAUCCGACGCCGGUUAUUUUGCCGGUGCCAUGUUCACCUCCGACCGUCUCAACGAGCUUCACAUCAAAGACCACGUACCCGUCAUCCUCGAUCUCGACUCGCCAUCCUACAACGCACGGCGCACCUACUUCGCGUUGCUGUUCCUUUCUUACCGUCUCAUCGAGCAUGUUGAUGGGAGCGUCGACUUCCGCGACAUGAAGGACGACGAUGAGUGGCUUGCUGUGGACGCCUGCAUCGUCAAGUGGCUCUUCCUCACCAUCUCCGGCGGCCUCUUCAACAUGGUGAACUCCCGCGACCCGUCGGCGUAUGCUAUGUGGACGCGCUUGUGUGAUCUCUUCCUCGACAAUCAACUCCAACGCCGCGUCUUCCUUCAAGGGGAGUUCUUCACUAUGCAGCAAAACGAUCUUUUGAUUGAUGAGUACUGCACACGGCUGAAGGUCCUCGCCGACGAGCUGCGCGACGUCGGUAUGACCAUCAACAACUCCGACCUCCUCACCAACCCCUCCUCCGCGGCCUCCACCCCGACCUUGGAGAAGCGUCUCCGUCACACCGCCCGGCAGGCGACCCACGCUGCCCUCCAUGUCGGCCUCGCCGUUAGCCACGGCGCCCCGCCAACUCUGCCGGCGCCGCGCGCGCCUCCUCUGACCCUGCCACCCGCGCCCGCGGCCGCUGGUGGCUGCAAGCAUAAGGGCCGCGGGGGUCGGGGCUGCAACGCCAACACGGCGCCGCGCCCUCCCACGACAACCGCGGCCGCUCCUCCUUCGCCGUGGCUCUCGGGGUACAAUCCCUGGACGGGCGUUGUGCAUGCUUACUCCAUGCCCGUUCCCCGUCCUCCCGCUCCGGGCAUCCUCGGUCCACGGCCAUCUUCUCAUCAGGCGCUUCUGACCGCGCCGGCUCCCGCGGCCUACAGUAGCUCCUCGGCCUACGGUGUUCCCCCAGGCUACGGCGUAUAUGGUGGCGCCCCUCUGGUCUACGACCUGGCGCUCCUCUCCGCUCUUCAUGCUGCACCCUCGCCGAGCACCUACAACGGAGGCGGCGAUUGGUACAUGGACACCGGCGCCGCUGCUCACAUGGCCUCCAACCCCGGUAUCCUCUCCCAUGCCUCCCCCUAUCCCUUCAACUCUCGCAUCAUGACUACACCAACAAUAGCUCCGAUGAUCUCCCUCGACGGCCUCGUGGAGCCCUUGCGCUUCCUCCGCCACGACCCCGUGCAUCUCUGA